AUGAAGCAUAUCGGAGUGCAGCUCGCUGUGCUGCUCUGCGCGGCGGCUCCAUGCGGCGCGCUGCACCUUAAAUUAUCCACGCGGCGUGCCGCCGCGGCGGCACUCGCGCUUCAGCCAUUUGUUGCGCAUGCACGCUUCACGCAGAGCGCCGUCGACACGGCGGCCGCGGCUCGCUCUGCCGUGCGCGAUGCAGCAGGCAUCUCGAGCAUUUCGCAGCCCGUUGGCGAGCGCCGGGACACGCCGCUACCAGGAAUGGCUGCCGUUGCGGAGCCCGUCGAGCCGGUUAUGAUGGUCGAGGCCAGCCUCAAGGAGGUGCUCGCAGAGGAGGUGGCGGAGAAGGAGGCGGCUACGGGGCGGAAAUUAACCGGAAAAGAGGUGGACAAGAUCAAGUCCCGGCUAAAGCUCUACGGGUACAACUAA